UUUAGGGUUUCUCUCACUUUCGGAAGGAGCGGUGUUCUUCUCCUUCCGCUCCUCUUCAUCUUUCCUUGUUUGCCUCUCUGUUUGCUUUUGCUUCUUCCCCUUGGGUUUUCUUUUCAUUUCCCUGCUAUUCUCUGCUUGGCCCCGCCUUGAUCCAAAACCUCUCCAAAUACACUCAAACCUCCAAUUCCUACGCAGCUCCAAAAAUUUGAUUCCUUAUCCGUUGGUUAUCCCCAAAGUUUCUUUUCUCAUUUUAUUACCCAAAUGCAGCUUCCCGAUUCCGGUGAGGUCGUCUCCGUGGCCGAACCCGUAAACGACGACCAGUCAAAGCCAUUGGACGCGGCGUCGACCGGCGAAAACAAUGCCGAUGAUCAGUCGAUUCUUGAUGUUUCUGGGAGGAAUUUGGAGUUUUCGGUGUUGGAAAAUUGUGAGAGCACUGUUGAAGGGUUGUAUUUAUACAAAAAUGUAUUCAAUUUGAUUCCACAGCGGUUGGGCGAGUUGGGGAGGUUGAAGAUGUUGAAGUUCUUCGCAAAUGAGAUUAACUUGUUUCCGCCUGAGUUUAGGAAUUUGGUGGGAUUGGAAUGCUUGCAGGUCAAGUUAUCAUCGCCAGGGUUAAAUGGAUUGCCUUUGCAUAAGCUGAGAGGUUUGAAGGAGCUGGAGCUCUGUAAGGUGCCGCCGCGACCUUCGGCUUUUCCAUUGUUGAGCGAGAUUGCGGGGCUUAAGUGUUUGACUAAGCUCUCUGUGUGUCACUUCUCCAUAAGAUACCUUCCCCCAGAAAUUGGUUGCCUUAAUAAUUUGGAGGAUUUGGACCUUUCGUUCAACAAGAUGAAGAGCCUGCCCACCGAGAUUAGUUAUUUAAGCGCCUUGAUAUCAUUGAAAGUUGCUAAUAAUAAAUUGGUGGAACUACCAUCCGGCUUGUCUUCUCUGCAAAGGUUGGAGAAUUUGGACCUAUCAAAUAACAGGUUGACGUCGUUGGGAUCUCUUGAGCUUGUCUCAAUGCAUAACCUUCAGAACUUAAAUCUUCAGUACAAUAAGCUUCUCAGUUGUUGUCAAAUACCCUCAUGGAUAUGCUGCAAUUUGGAAGGAAAUGGCAAAGAUGCAUGCAAUGAUGAAUUCAUCAGCUCUUCAGUUGAAAUGGAUGUAUUGGAAACUACCAAUCAAGAGAUUGAUGAAAGCAUCUGCUGUAAUGGCUCUCCUAAUACCUCAUCAAGUACUUUAACUGGGCCAUCAUCGAACAGUCGAUGUUUUGUGGCAAGGAUGUCUCAGAAGGGGUGGAAGCGAAGAUAUUAUUUGCAACAGAGAGCACGUCAAGAGCGUUUAAACAAUAGUAGGAAGUGGAAAAGUGAAGACCAUGCUGAGGUGUUGACCAUCAAGGCAGCGGAAAAACGUGAACAUGGAAAACUAGCUGUUCUUCACCCUGAAUCUCUUGCAGAACAUGCACCAGACAUUGUGGUUCUAGAUAAUGAUGAUAAACAGUUACUUUCUGAAGAAGCUGAGAGUGAGAAUUUGCUUAACAGUGUUGAGGAUGCUGAAAGCGGUCCAAGAAAAGGGUCAUGUGCUGUCCUUGAUACCAUUGCAAUAAAUCAGGGGAGUAAAAGUGAAUGUAAUGAUGAUGAUGCAUCAUUAACCUCUCUAUCAAAAGUAGCCAGUGAGAAAAAUGAAGGCUCAUCUUCAGAGGUAUCUAAAAGUACACCAAAGUCGAAAAGGCAUUCUGAUAGGGAUCUUGAUAACCCCAAACCAUGCAAGGCUCGGAGACCAGUUAAUGAACACUCAAAUUUGUCUUGUAAAUAUAGUAAAAUUUCAUACUGUAACAUUGAGGACCGCCUACCAGAUGGCUUUUAUGAUGCAGGGCGUGAUCGGCCCUUCAUGCCAUUGACGGUUUAUGAGCAAAAUUUUCAUUUUGAUUCACGUGAAGUCAUUCUUUUGGACAGGGAAAGGGAUGAAGAGUUAGAUGCAAUCACUCUGUCUGCACAAGCGUUGGUGUCCCAGUUGAAGCAGCUAAAUGGUUUAACGAAAGAAAGGAAACAGGUUACUGAUGAUAACCUGCAGAUUGCGUCAUUGCUUGCUCUUUUUGUAUCAGAUCAUUUUGGAGGCAGUGAUAAGAGUGCUCUUAUUGAGAGGACACGAAAAUCCGUAUCUGGUUCAAACUAUCAAAAGCCGUUUGUUUGCUCCUGCUCAACUGGAAACCGUAACAAUAUUAGUACAUCUAACAAACAGAAUUUGGAUACUGUAGAAGAUAUUGUUGUCGCUGAUCUCUGUGAGAAAUCUCUUCGUUCUAUCAAAGCAAGACGCAAUUCCAUCAUAGUUCCAAUAGGGACUUUGCAGUUUGGUGUAUGUAGACAUCGUGCAGUGCUCAUGAAGUAUCUAUGUGACCGAAUGGAGCCUCCAGUUCCUUGUGAGCUUGUUAGGGGCUACUUGGAUUUUUUACCACAUGCUUGGAACGUUGUUCAUACUAAGAGGGGUGAUUCAUGGGUUCGCAUGAUAGUUGAUGCUUGUCGUCCACAUGAUAUUAGAGAAGAGACAGACCCAGAAUAUUUUUGCAGAUACAUUCCUCUCAGUCGGAUUAAUGUUCCUCUUUCAACUCAAAGCACUCCUGUUACAGGAGGUUCUUUUCCUUCUCUGUCCGCAUGUGAUGAAAUUGCAAAUGCACCCUCUAGUUCACUCAUCCAGUGCAAAUUUGGAUCAGUUGAGGCUGCAGCAAAGGUGCGUAUUUUAGAAGUAUGUGGUGAUUCCGUGGAUGAAGUUAGGAAUUUUGAGUACUGUUGUCUAGGGGAAGUGAGAAUUUUAGGUGCUCUUAAACACUCCUGCAUAGUAGAGAUUUAUGGGCAUCAGAUAUCUUCCAAGUGGAUUCCUGCAUCAGAUGGAAAUCUGGAGCACCGUGUAUUGCAGUCUGCAAUUUUGAUGGAGCAUGUAAAAGGGGGAUCUUUGAAGAGUUAUUUAGAGAAGCUAUCAGAAGCUGGUGAGAAGCAUGUCCCAGUGGAGUUGGCAUUGUGUAUUGCUAGAGAUGUUGCAUCUGCAUUGGCAGAGCUGCAUUCAAAACAUAUUAUUCAUCGUGACAUAAAAAGCGAAAACAUUUUGAUUGAUUUGGAUAAGAAGAGAGCUGAUGGAACACCUGUCGUGAAGCUUUGUGAUUUUGAUAGAGCAGUACCUCUUCGAUCUUUCUUACAUUCCUGCUGCAUUGCACACAUUGGAAUACCUCCACCUGAUGUUUGUGUUGGAACACCUCGUUGGAUGGCACCUGAGGUGCUGCGGGCAAUGCAUAAACGGGAGAUAUACGGGCUGGAAGUGGAUAUUUGGUCAUAUGGGUGUCUCCUCUUGGAACUAUUGACUUUGCAAGUUCCUUAUUUUGAGUUAUCAGAAUCGCAGUUUCAUGAUCAACUUCAGAUGGGAAAACGACCACAACUGCCAGAGGAAUUGGAAGCAUUGGGUUCACAGGAGCCUGAAAUGGUUCGAUCUGGCAAAGAGGAGGGACCAGAGACUGAAGUAGAAAAACUAGGAUUCCUAGUUGAUUUGGUCCGCCGGUGCACUGAGGGAAACCCGACUGACCGUCCAACAGCUGAAAACCUCUACAAAAUGUUGCUCACACAAACAAGAACUUUCACCAGUUCAAGAAGUUAGGAACAAGAAUAGGUUAACCUGUAGGCAAUAAUCUCAUCCUCACUCCAAAGUUUUGUUAGCCCUAGAUGUUGUGCUAUUGUACUGUUACUUCAUUUCUUUGGGGAUCUAAUAUUUGGGUUUUCCUCCCAAGAAUCAUUACAACCCUGUGUCAUUCAGUCAAUAUGUUUUAGCAGCCUAACCAUAUUAUUUCCUUUGUAGGGUUAGAUUCACUUUGCGCAUUAUCUAUCUGUAAUAUAUUGAGAUGGUCCUUCAUUAAUGUCCUAAUUUCUAUUCUGAAAUGCUUAGCCAUUGAUGUAAUUUCCCAAUGAUGGGAGUAGGCUGAUUAACUUGUUACAGAAACUCAAAUCCUUUUACUCAACUCACUGUUUUUCUGUGUUUA